AGUCUUUAAUCAGAUUUUCAAAUAGAAGUCCAGUGCUAUUUAGGUAGGAACAUCGAUUAAAAGAUCGAAACCAUGAUUAAAGCUCUGUGGGAUCAUACUAAUGUCUAGUAAAUCGCAAGUCCGGCAAAUCGCAGGGACAAUGGGUUGCGUCACUUGCGGCCGCGCAGCAGCUUCCGUUCGCCUCUUCACGGCUCUCGACGGCCGCGAGCGGAGCACCCGAGUGGGAGAUGCUACAUCACAUAUAUAAUGCGAUAACAACGACCCCUCAGCAAGCAGUUUGCUCUCAGCUUCACCAUGAAGGUGUUCGUCUGUCUGCUAGCAUUAGCGGUGGUCGCCAAGGCCGGCUACAUCAGUAGCGGAGGCUGGUCGGGCGGUGGUGGUGGCGGCGGUGGCUGGUCCGGUGGCGGUGGCGGUAGCGGCUGGUCCAGUGGUGGCGGUGGCGGCUACGGAGGCGGCGGCGGCUACGGCGGUGGUGGCGGCGGCGGCUGGAAGCUAGGAGGAGGUGGUGGCGGCGGCGGCUGGUCCGGCGGCGGCGGCGGCGGCGGCAGCGAGGUGAAAAUCAUCAAGAUCAUCACCACUGGAGGAGGCGGUGGCGGCGGAUACGGCGGUGGUGGCUGGUCCAGCGGCGGCGGCGGCGGCGGCGGCUGGAAGUCAGGCGGCGGCGGUAGUGGCUGGUCUAGCGGCGGCGGUGGCGGCUGGAAGUCUGGCGGCGGCGGCGGUGGCGGCUGGAGGUCCGGCGGCGGCGGUGGCGGCUGGAAGUCCGGUGGCGGCGGCGGCGGUGGCUGGUCCAGCGGCGGUGGCGGUGGCGGCUGGUGGUGAUUUCCUCACUACUAAUGUUAUAGCCAAAUUUCCGACAAUACAGUGAUAC